AUGGCUUUAGGAUUUGAUCCAGCUAGCAUAAACAUCGAUGGCGUAAAUUUUUCUGAUUACAUUCUUGACAAAAACUCCCACAACCCUUUUGUGUUUAUUCAUAAAAAGUGCUUUAAUAAAAAUAAAAAGAAAGCAACAAGUGAAACCAUAAAUUUAAAAGAAACUAACGACAAAACUCAGCAGUACGACUACGAAAAGUUAUGUGCCAAUUGUUACAAAACCAAAGAUAUAAAUGAUUUAGACGAGAAAGAUCCUGUACUUCAGCAAACAAUCAAAUUUGCAAAGGAUAUUAUUCCUUUGACAAUACCUGCUAGCACGAGCACGGACCCAGCUUAUUACACAAUCAAGUCUAAGAAAACUUCGAAGAGGAAACACGAGGCAUGUGAACGUAAUUUGAAUUCUAACAAAGAUGCUAAGAUUGAUAAAGGAAAAUCAAAAGCUGCAGAAAAUAUAAAACAGGACAAAUUAAAACGUAACAAAGGUACUACCAGUACAGAAGAAUCUUUUAGUCGAUCGUUCCAAGACAAUACCAUAGAUGAUGUAAAUGAAAACCGUUCACUAUCAUAUUCUUUAUCUGAAUUAUCGGAGCAUAAACAUUCUAAAAAGGAGUGCCCCAAUAAAAAUAAAAAAGAUGCCAAGCAAAACAUAAUUCUUGCUGAAUCUUUUGAGGCGAUUGCAACUGAAUACAUGAAUGUAUCUAGUGAUGCAAAUAUAAAAAUGCAUCUUAUGAAUGAGAAAGAUAAAACUUUGCUAUGUGAAAAUAUAAGUUCACCAGUAGUGAAAGCUGUAAAGGAGUGUUUUUUAGAUUUUAAUAAUGAGAAUCAGGAAAUUAAAGAUAUCUUUAAAGCUAUUCAAAACCAAGCCAUAAAACUCGAUAAUAUUUAUGAAAAAUUAUCAGAUAUUGAUAACAAAUUAGAAAAUAUUACGAAUAAACAAAAUUUAAAAGAGGAAGGAACGUUUCAAGAAAUAAAAUUCUCAAAAUUAGAAGAAAUAGGACGUGAUAUAAUAAAUGUUAAAGAAUAUUUAAGCUCUGAAGAAGAACUAGCUUACGUGGAUUUAAAAAAUCGCAAUACAAGAACUACUUCUUUAACUACAGUUCUUAAUCCAAAAGAUUUAAGUAAAGCUGAUAAAUGUGACAGUCUAGCUCGAGGAGAAAAUGUUUCGGAAAAUUUUACAGCGACGCAAUUGGGAAUACAAUUAGAACGUCCGAAUCGUAUCCCUGCAAGAUUUUGUUGGACCGAUUCUACCAAGAAACCUUUA